CGGGGGGUGACGUCAUUACAUGUCGUGUAACGUCACACGUUUCUGCGCACUAAUGGUUGCAUAGACGGAACUCUUGUUAAGAUUCUAUCCAUCAUGGAGCUGCCAGUUCCCGAGUCAACUGAAAGGGCAACCAUAGAAGAGGUUGUGGUCGAGGAGAGGCCGCAGUCUGAAACACGAGUGCUGGAAAUCUGUCGCGAGCCCGACAUAGAACUGACCAGUAACAUCUUGGACGCCGAGGUUGUCACCGAGACAGCGAACCCAUGCCGGGAUGUACCAGCGAGAGAAGCUUCACCCACUCUUCGGGAUCGUUUGCCGGAGGAGUGCCCUCAGAAGCCGGACCCGUGUCGGGACCCCACGGAGACCAUCGCUGACGUCAUCACCGCGGAACCGUGCCCGCCGUGCCCACCGUGUGAACCAUGUCCGCCGUGCCCGAGGGAGGUGGCAGAGGAGGCAUUGGUCGCUGACCCAGACAACGAGGGGACAUCGGUGGAUGUAAUCGAGCCGGUCGACGAGGGAGAAGCCGGUGGGGAUCUGUGUCCGGUGGAAGCGGAGAAGCCGGCAGCCAGGGAGCGCCCCCCGUGCCCGGAACCCCUGUUCCCCAUCUGUAAAGAACAUCUGCCGCCCUGCGCUGCUGUGGUGUGUCCGGAAGAAAACUGAAAG